AUGAGUGAAGUGCAACAAAGCAAAAGAAAGUUCGAGGGACCCAAGCGGGAAGCCAUAGUCAACUUGUCCAAGUAUGCAGACAACAAAAUCCGCGUGAAGCUUGCGGGGGGAAGACUCGUGGUUGGUGUCCUGAAGGGUUACGACCAGCUUAUGAACCUGGUUUUGGACGAAACUGUGGAACACUUAAGAGACCCAGAGGACGACACAGUUAUACUGGAAGGCCAAACUAGAGAGCUGGGACUUGUGGUCAUUAGAGGUACCAUGCUGUUAACUUUAAGUCCUAUGGACGGAUCUGAAAUUAUAAGCAACCCACACGGGCCCGAGGAAGAAUUUUAG